GUCUUUUGCCGUCUUUGCGCCUCUUCUCAUUUGCGGCUUUUCACCUUCUUCGUAACAUUUUAUGUUUGCCACAACAUCUUUUUGAACCGGCGAACGAGUGAAAAAACAGUUUGCGUUUUAUACAACCAACUUUGCAUUCGCAAAUUAUAAAUGUCUGUUGCUACGAAUUUAUGAUUAUUCUUUAAGUAUGCGACGAAGCAAGGCUCCCUCCAUGAAAGGACUGGCAAAGCCGGAUUUGGCCACUUCUCGCCAAUCGCACAGCUUGGCGCAGAAAAUACCAAUGGAUAAGGCGGAUUCAGUCGUUGCCAAUCUGUUGCACAGCGAUGAAGAUCAUGUGGACAUUUUGAAACGCUUGGCGGUGGAAAAGCACCCGGCUAGUAUGUCGUCAAAAACCGUUACAACGGGUAACGAUUUUCUCGCUAAGAUACGAUACAAAGUUGUCUGGGGAAAGAUCAGUACCAAGAAGCAUAAAACUUGGGAAGGCGACGGAACCCUUGAGAUUCUAGGACGAACAGCUACUUUGAAAGACGAGGAUGGAAAAACGAUUGCCAGCUCAACGGGAUUGAAGCUAGACUCGAUUGAGGAAGGAAGCCGUCUAAUUGUAGGAAGUAAAGAAGUUGAAUUGAUUGAAAAAGCUUCAGACAUCACUGGAAGUGAAACAGAGAAGCAGAGUUCGGAACAGAUUGGUCCACAGCUUAAGAAAGCUAGGGUUGAGGUUUUCAAGCCUCCCGCGGUAUACGAAGAAACAAAGAAAGCUUCGUCAGGAAGUUCGUUUAAGCAGGUCGGCACAGUUGAAGAAAUUCCACCUGACUUUGUUCCACUCGUCAUGUCGCAACCAAGUUUUGAACAUCAAUGGAAAUACAACCAGAAAAAGGCACCACUGUCCAAAGUCACGGUUCCAUAUGCUUUAUCCAAGCACUUGAGACCACACCAAAGAGAAGGGGUGAGUUUUCUUUACGAAUGCGUUUUGGGUUUCCGUUACACAGAUGCAGAUCGAUUUGGAGCUAUAUUGGCGGAUGAGAUGGGCCUGGGAAAGACUUUGCAAUGCAUUUCUCUGAUAUACACUCUAAUGAAACAAGGACCAUACAGUCAACCGAUCUUGAAGAGGAUCCUCAUUGUGACUCCCAGCAGUCUGAUGGAAAACUGGGAUAGAGAAAUUAGCAAAUGGCUUAAAACGGAAAGAAUCUUCACCUUUAUCGUAAGUCCUACCAAUCCGUUGAAGAAAUAUGCUCAAUCUGCCCACAUUCCGAUACUAAUAAUCUCCUAUGAGCUACUGUCCAAACAAAUUAGAGAACUAGACUCGGUCAAGUUUGAUCUCAUGAUAUGUGAUGAAGGACAUCGGUUGAAAAACAGUGCCAUCAAAACUUCAUCGAUCUUGGAUGCAGUCGAAUGCCCUCGGAGAAUACUGCUCACGGGAACACCAAUCCAGAAUGAUCUCCAAGAGUUCUACUCCCUGAUUACCUUUGUGAAUCCAGGCCUUCUUGGCACCUACUCCGAAUUCAAAACGAAGUUUGAAAAUCCAAUUCUUCAGUCGCAACAACCAGGAGUACUUCCAAUGUUUGCAAAUCUUGGCAAAGCCAGACUAGAAGAGCUGAACAGUAUAACAUCUUCAUUCAUACUGCGCCGUACUCAGGAAGUCAUUAACAAAUACCUACCUGGGAAACAGGAAGCUGUCAUAUUCUGCCAUCCUUCCAAAUUGCAAGAGACACUUCUUCGAACUGCAAUCCAAUUCUACGAAAAAUCCGAUCGAAGCACAUAUUCCCCACUUCAAUUAAUCACCGUGUUGAAGAAAAUCUGCAAUCAUCCUUCCCUCAUCGCGUCAACUGAAAAAAUUGACGUUGGCGGUUCGCUUAUCAAGCUCCUGAACGAUAAUUUGCCCCCAUGGCAGGACAUGGGCCCAACAGAUUCCGGUAAACUGGCUGUUCUGGACUCUCUACUGGAAACACUGAUCCAACGUCAGGAAAAAGCUGUUAUCGUUUCAUACUACGGCAAAACGCUAGAUAUGAUCAUGGGACUCUGCGAACAUUACAACUACAAGUAUUGUCGCUUGGAUGGAUCAACGCCUUCCCAAGACCGCUGUAAGAUUGUUUCCAGCUUCAACAGUCCCUCCUCGGAUACGUUUAUUUUCCUACUAAGCGCCAAAGCAGGUGGAAUAGGUCUCAAUCUAACUGGUGCUUCUCGCUUAAUACUGUAUGAUAACGAUUGGAAUCCGGCAAGUGAUCUACAAGCCAUGUCUCGAAUCUGGCGUGAUGGACAAACACGAAACGUGUUCAUCUACCGACUAAUAACCGCUUUCUCCAUAGAGGAAAAAAUCUAUCAACGGCAGAUUUCGAAAACGUCUCUAAGCGGAACAGUCGUCGAUUUGAAACAGAACUUGAGCAAUCUAAAAUUUUCCGACGAGGAAUUGAAGGAUUUGUUCUUCUUUACCGAUGACAACGACGAUUGCCUCACCCAUCAGAUGUUGGGCUGUGGUUGUGGUGGCGUUGGUGGUGUUCCCGAGCCAACGGCAAGCUUAAACGAAAAAGAGAACGUAUGCUCACCGGAACGGAGCAAAUUUCAAAUCAGAACGGCCAAAGCAAAGGCGGGAAAAGCAAAACACUCACUGCAAAUGCAGGAACUGAUGCGAUGGGAACAUUACCGAAGUCCAGUGAGCGAACGUGUUUUGAAGGAAUUAUCGUUGGAUGCGUGCUCGGAGGAAAUAGUGUUCAUAUUUCGCAAUCAAGUCAACCAGCGGGAAAAGUAGCAGCUAUUCAA